AUGUUCAUGUUGGGGCAGAUGGUCUUCUUGUUAUACUUAGCAUCAAAAGCUUUUGGUGAUAAAAGUGGAAAUUUUAGUGCCUCAAUCAAUACUUUUAAUAGAACUAAAAGAGAACCACCAACGGGAUUUGCUCCACCAAGUUUAAAUGCACCCACAACCCAACCGUUCUUUCCACCACAAAAACCUAAUUAUUCAGCGCCCACCCCAAAUUAUGGAGCACCCACUCAAAAUUAUGGAGCACCCACCCCGAAUUAUGGAGCACCAACUCCCAAUUAUGGAGCACCUAAUCCAACUUACGGAGUGCCAAACACAAAUUAUGGUGUCCCAAAUACAAAUUAUGGUACCCCAAGUCCAAUGUAUGGACCAGCUAAGCCCCAAUAUGGUCCUCCUCAAUAUUACGGACCAACAAAACCUCAAUAUGGACCACCAAAACCACAGUACGGAGUUCCAUCGGUUUAUGGACCUCCAAAACCGCAAUACGGAGUUCCUCAAAAUCAAUAUGGACCUCCCCAAAAUCAAUACGGACCUCCACAAAAUCAAUAUGGGCCUCCUCAAAAUCAAUAUGGGCCACCUCAAAAUCAAUAUGGGCCACCUCAAAAUCAAUAUGGACCUCCACAAAAUCAAUAUGGACCUCCACAAACUCAAUACGGACCUCCUCAAAAUCAAUAUGGGCCUCCACAAAAUCAAUAUGGUCCUCCGCCAACUCGAUAUGGAGUUCCUCAAAAUCAAUAUGGAAUUCCAAAGGCUUUUCCUCAAUUUCCGACAAGACCGUUUUAUGGUGGUUCAAGACCGAUUUAUAAACAACCAACUUUGUACGGAUUCAAUCGGCCUUAUUACGAUCAAGUUCCGGUGUUAUCUAGUUAUAGGUCGUAUUAUUACGAGCCUCCAUCAUCUGGUUAUGGGACAUCAACGUACGGAUACCGCUCAAUUUAUCCAAGAACGGUUCCACCACGGCCGUUAUUUCCUUUACAAAAACCGACAUUGUAUAGCCAAAGAUAUUCUGAAUUGGCUGCUAGCUUUAAUUCUCCGCAAACUGGUUUUAUACCACCGUCACAAUCAUCUGAAGAGUAUCGCGAUGUCUCGUUUGAAGAUACAAGACCACCAAUACGAUUUGGCGAUGCGCAACCAGCGCAACCCGCAGCGUUUACCGGUCCACCAAAUGUUGGACCUUUUUCUGGUGAAAAACAAUAUGAUGGAUACUCGAAUUACGAUCAAGAUGAAGAUAGCAAUGGAAAUCUAUAUGGACCAACUAGUUAUAAUAAUCCGGGAGCUGUUACAUCUUACGGAACGCCCGUUAAUUAUCCGAUAAGAUAUCAAAACGAUGCAGAUGUGCAAAGUGCUUUUUCUAGUAUUAACGUUAAAUUUGCUGCAAAUCCGAAUGUGACGGUACCAAUAAAAAUAAAAGAUAAGAAAUCUGAGUCAUCUUAA